AUGAGAAUCGCUUCGACUCUAAGUCUCGUGCUUUGCGCCUCGAUGAUAACAACAAACCACUUGGUUGAAGCUCUUUCUCGCUGCAAGGUGAAGGGCAAUUACCAAAACUCGUCGUCGUCUUUGUCGGUUCACCCAGCGGGUACCGACCAUUCCUCCGACACAGCUGAAAAGCUUUCGUUUGGCAAGGUGACAUCCUUGCAAGCUCGCGUUCAGGGUGACAGACCUCAGUGGAAUGUCGAUAUGCAACGCUUCGUGUCAUCCCACUACGAUACGUUCGACGGUAAAUUUCGUGCUUCACUUGAUACAGUUAAUAUGGCAUCCGUCGAGGGUGCACUCAAGUACGUGCAAGCCGAAUGCAUCAACGCGUCCGUGGUAACAAACUGCAAGCGCAAGAACAACAUCAAGUACAUCGUCUUCUACCAAACAACGGUAGUCCAGCCUCCUGCAUCAAUGGAAUACUAUGCCAAUGCCACGAACGAGUACAAUUUCACUGUCGAACACUGUCCCUUUGUUCCCAUGGACGGCGGUCGAUGCAAUCCGAGCGCUGACGGCUCUUUCCCUAAAGAAUGCAACCAGUACAUUGGAGCUGCUGGUGAGCCAAAGCUUGGCUUUUGCGUGGGAGGCACACUGCAGGACAACGAGGCCAUUGCGCCGUAUCCGCACAACUACUGGUUCUCCUUCCCCAAUAGCUGCCCACUGGAACUCUGGGAUCACAAGACUGAUGCUUGUCGUAAGGAAUUCGCAGGUGGCUUGUGCCCUCAGGGUGUUGAACCGGAUGGCGAGACUUGCACCUUUUCGUACGAUAUCCUGGGCUACAUUUUGCUGGACGACGUCGUAGGUAUCACGUCCAUGGUCAAUCCGAACACAGGCGAUAAGUACGCCGACUAUCACGAGUUCUGUGAAGCCGGUGGUGUGGAAUUUAGCGUCUCAGUGGCUGGAGAUAACGUCACAUGGCUGGAUGGGAUCGAGUUUUGGGACAGUCCCGGGGAUAGCGACGCGAAUGUCAAGCGGUCGGAAAAGGUCGUGGGUGCUUAUGCUGAUCUGCUCAAGAAGAACCCCGUAGCAAGUGAUGGAGGGGUAAUGCGACCACUUCCCACAGCGGACGAACUGAUGACUAGUAACCCUCCGUGCUACCGAAACAGCAAGAUCUGCGCGGAGGCCAAGUUUGGGUGCAAGCGCACCUAUCGCUCACAGAUCUGCGAGGUUUGCACAUCGUCCGACUUGGGCUGCGUGAUGGCCGAAAGCUAUUAA